GGAAUCAACAUAAAUGGGUGGCUCCGCGGACGGUGUUCCAGCAGUCGCGCUUGGGCGGUCCGAGUGAGCAGUAACGGAUCUUCUGCAGAAAUCAGUGCAUAGAUACAGUAUCUGAAGGAUCAAAAAGUGUUGAAAAUCAAUUAAAAGAUGGACGAGGCUUCUGGCACGACGACAACCGAUGGCAAGUCCCUGGAUGAGGCGCCGGUGGCCGCAGGACUGGAGCCCACACAGCCGAUCGGCUUCCUGCAGCUCUUCCGCUUCUCCACCUGCGAUGAGGCGUUGACCCUGCCCGCAGUGGUCAUCAUUUACAGCGAGUUCACAGCACCCUCUCCGCUGCCACGAACAUCACCACGCUGUCGUUUCCGUUCACGAUGGCCAACAGCAGCGGCGGCGGGAUUAAUGUGGAACCAAUCCAUGUAG